CAUUAUAAGAUUUAUAAUCUUCAACCGGACAUUCAAGAUCAACUGACGUCACAACACACCGAAACAAAGAGGAGGAAGACCCAGAUUCUCUAUCUCUAAGAGGUGAAGAAGAUUGAUAAAAUGGUAGUGGUUAUGGCAGUUAGAUCUUCAGCUACUGCUAAGGUCAAUCUUUCUUCUUUGCCUUCCACACAAAAAGUUUCACCCAAGGCCCAGAUGAACGAAACUCUGACUACUUCCAACUUCAACCAUACUGUCUCUCUCUUGGCUCUCUUCAAUCCCCCCCUUGAAGUCAAAGCUCUCUCUCUUGACAAAGACCAGAUUGUCUCCUCCCUCACCGAGGUGGAGAAAACAGUUGGUCAAGUGCAGGAAGUGGGUUCAAGCGUUAUAGAUACUUCACAAAAAAUUCUUGAAGUUGUAGGGACAGCUUUGAAGCCAGCCAUUGAUGUGGCAUUGCCAAUUGCAAAGCAAGCCGGAGAACAGGCUCUGAAGAUUGCUUCUCCUGUGAUUUCUGAGGCUACAAAGAAAGCUCAAGAAGCAAUUCAAAGCACUGGUGUUGAUACAGAACCAGUUCUCAGUGCUGCGAAGACAGUUGCAGACGUAGCAGAAAAGACGGCGAAGGUCAUCGGAGAUGCUAAGCCUAUAGCAGCAUCAACUGUUGAAACCAUCUCAUCAGCAGAACCCAUUGUGAUUGUUGGAACUGCAGGAGCAUUGUUUCUUUCAUACCUCCUACUUCCUCCCAUCUGGUCUGUCAUCACAUUUAGCCUUCGUGGUUACAAAGGUGAACUGACUCCUGCUCAGUCACUUGAUGUAAUAACUAUGAAAAAUUAUGUAAUGAUUGAUAUUCGAUCUGAGAAGGACAAGGAUAAGUCUGGCAUUCCUCGCCUUCCCUCCAGUGCUAAGAACAGGACGUUUUCCAUUCCUUUGGAAGAGUUACCCAGCAAGCUGAGAGCCCUUGUCAAAAAUUCAAAGAAAGUAGAAGCUGAAAUAGCAGCUCUGAAGAUAUCAUAUCUGAAGAAAAUUGGCAAAGGCUCCAACAUCAUAAUCAUGGACUCGUACUCAGAUUCGGCUAAAAUUGUUGCAAAAACACUAACAAAGCUUGGCUUCAAGAAUACCUGGAUUGUAGCUGAUGGAUUUUCUGGACGGAGAGGAUGGUUACAGAGCCAGUUAGGAACAGAUUCAUACAACUUUUCCUUUGCAGAGGUUCUAUCACCAACGCAAGUCAUCCCUGCUGUGGCCAGACGUUUAGGUACUGCUAGGACAAAGUUUCUGCCUGGUUCUGAAUAAAAACUUUUUGUCCCAUCUGAUAUAAAUCUCUUAAUGUUCAUUCUCGGUUUAGAUAGAAGUCUCUCAAAUGAUCUCCUGUAAUUCUUUGAUUAAUGUUAGUUGAUCUUGAUUCA